AUGGCAACUGUGUCUCAAAGUCCAUACAUGAGAAAUGACCAAGAUCAACUUGCUGAGCAAUUAGGGCUGAAGAUAACAGAGCAAACUGAGCAAACUGAUCUUGCCAGAGCUGAAAGAUUAAGCGUGCAUCUUUUUAAAGAGGUUGCAGAAAUUUCAGAUGAUUCUACUUUGAGUGGUGUUGCAAAGCAGGUUGCAGAGGAAUGCAAAGGUCUAUCUCUUGCAAUCGUUGUUGUUGCCACGGCAUUAAAAAGCAAUCAUACUCUAGAAUCCUGGGAUCGUGCCCUUCGGCAACUAAGAAAGGAUAGAAUGGGAAACCUAAGAGGUGUUCAAGAUCUGGUGUUUUUAAGAAUUGAGUGGAGCUAUAAUCAUUUGGGAACUUCUGAAGCUAAGCACCUACUUUUGCUUUGUAGUUCAUUUCCAGAGGAUUAUAGUAUUCCGAUCGAAUGCUUGGUUAGGUAUGGAAAAGGGCUACAAUUGUUCCAGGAUACAGAGAAUUUGAGAGAUGCAAGAGACAAAGUAGACUUGCUAGUUGAUGAGUUAAAAAGCUCCUAUUUGUUGCUAAAUGAUGGUGAAAAAGAAGACUCUAUAAAAUUGCACGAUGUUGUGUGA